AUGGACGUUACUCUUCAAGUAGUAAUUAUUAUAAGUGUCCUACUGCUCGGCAUUUCUGACGCUCUUCCAAAGAAGCCGUAUUAUUGGACAACUCGGAAAUUGGAAUGUAAAACCAUAGCAGGUCAUCAAGUAUCACGCUGUGCCUUAUUUAAUCCAGAAUCAAAAGCUGAACUGAAUCCUUUGUGUUACGAGGAAACUGAUGAGAUAAGAAAUGAAACAAAAAUUUAUUGCCGUAUAAUGUGCGAAGAAUCAGACGACACAACUGUACUGGCAAAAGUGCCCACAUGGAAUCAUGCUUGUAACAUUUACUACAAUUACAUGCUCGAAAGAUUCCGUGAGGAUUGGUAUUUAUGGCGUUCAGGUGAUUGCCUCAAUACAACUAUAACAUUCGAAGUACGAUGUGGCUUUGCACGUGAUUCACGCGUGUUUUAUCGACAAAAUCAAAAAUUAUUUGAAUACGAUGAUUCAGAAGAUGAGCAGAAACGAGCGAGAAAUUGGCGAAUUGCAUUUGCAUAG